AUGUCACGCGGUGGUCGUACGGAUAACGGAAGCGCAAGAAAACGACGUAACGACAGGAGUCGAUCUCGCAGUCCACAGAAAGGGGAUCCGAAGAGAAUUGCAGGUGGACGAGAUGGCGACAGACGCAGUGGUGCGAACGAUCGUAUGGUGUUUAUCACCAAUCUUGCCUAUGAGGUCCGUUGGGUGGAGCUGAAGGACAUUCUGCGUGAGCACGGUGGAGAGGUUGUAUUUGUCGAGCUGUUGGAAGAUCGCAACGGACAUCCGAAAGGGAACGCUAUCGCAGAAUUCAAGACGAAGGAAGGUGCCACAAACUGCAUUAAAAAUCUCGACGGUUUCGAGAUCCGCAAGAGAAAAAUCAUUACAAAGUUGAUUCGCGACCCUGUUGCGUUUCUUCGCAAGGUACAGGAGGAAACAGGUAUCGAUUAUCUUGCAAAAUGCGGAGGGAGUUGGCUUUCACGAGGGCGUGGUGAUGAACGUCCAGCUCGAACUGGUAGCUUCGAUCUAUUCGGAUUGAGUCCUGAAUUUCUUCGCCAACACAACAUCGAACCACCAUUGUGUGACCGCGUUUUCAUCGCAAACCUGUCCUUUAACGUUGGAACUGGUAGAAUAUAUGAAAUCUUUGGCCUAGCGGGUAACAUCGUUUGGAUGGAUCUCCAUAUGGAUAAAGAAGGGAAAAGCAAGGGUGUGUGCAUUCUCCAGUUCUCACAUCCAAUUGAAGCAGUUCAAGCAAUUUCUAUGUUCCAUGGUCAGAAAUUGUAUGAUCGCGUUCUCGUUGUGAAAAUGGACAGAUACGAGAAGAAUGAGCCUGCUCGAGAGGGUGCUCUUCCGCGUGGACUAGAGGGUAUUGGAGCUGGAUUGGGAGCUAACGGGGCACCGCUCACAGAUAUCGCUUCGGUGGUUGCAGGUAUUCGUGGUGAUGCCUCUGUUCCCGUUGCCCCUGUUGCUCCCGUGACUGCUCAGCCUACUCAGGUAUAUUUGAAGUUGAAAACUUGGGUGUUCCAGUUAAAAUUUCCGUCUUUCGGCAUGAACAGCGGCGUUAUAUCUGGUGGUACAGCUUUCCAGUCAACUCCUUUUGGAGGGUUAGGUGGGAGCCUUUGUGGAGAGGUUUUCACUGUUGUGAAAAUGAUCCUUCCUCCUGACUAUACAUGGCAAAUUGUGCGUGAUAGAGUUCAGCAGUUUGGGGAUGCAGAAUCCGUUGAAAUGAUUGCAGCUGGUGUCGCUCGUAUUCGCUUCGCUCUAAUACAAGAUGCUGAACGCAUGCGUGGAGCGUUAACGGGGACUAGUGUUGAAGGCCGUACUAUUUCUGUCGAGUAUGUCCACUAA